AUGUCAUCUGCAUUUCACAUUCAUAUAGGAGGGGCUGGAGUAAUGAUGGGUGAUAUGUUAUGGAAAUUGUAUGAGAAAGAGCACAAUGAGACAACACAAAAGAAUUAUAUUUAUGACUAAGUUGAAUAAAAUUAUCAUCCAUUAGCACUAUUUGCUGAUGUAGAUGACAGAAUGAUAUAUGAAGUUUAAAGAAAUAAGUAAAUCAAAUUUAAGAAGCAUUCAUUUAUUUAUGGAAAUGAGGACACAUCGAAUGUCUAUUCAAGAGGAAUUUAUACUGUUGGAAAAGCCAUAAUUUGGGAGGGAAUGGACUGUAUUAGGAAAUAAAUAGAAACGAUGGAUCGAUUAGAUUAAUUUCUUAUAACAACAUCAAUAAGUGGAGGGACUGGGUCUGGAUUUUCUUCUUUAUUAAUGAGCAUGUUAAAUGUUGAUUAUGGUAAUAAAGUAAAAAAAACUGGAUUUACACUGUUCCCAUCCUCAUAGAUGUCGAAUAAUGUACUUGAAAUUUAUAAUGCUAUGUUUUCAAUUUUUAUGACAAGAGAGCAUUUUGAUAAUAUCAUUAUGUUUGACAAUUAGUCAAUGUACAAUGUGAUUGAUUAACAGUUAGAUUUAGAUUAUGUAGAUUAUUCCCAUUUAAAUAAUGUGAUUGCAUAAAUAAUUAGUUCAUAUACAGGAUUAAGAAGAUUUAACAACAUUGACAAUUCCAAAUUUUUUUAAAAUAUGUGUCCAUAUCCUGCUUUGCAUUAUUUCAUUCCUUCAUAUGGGAGAAUGAGUUUAAUAAAUGAUUAUACAAGAAAAAAAUAAAAUCAAACUGAAUUCAUAAAAUAUCUAACUUAAAAAGAGAUUAAACUUUAUUAAUGUCCUAAAAGUCCUCAACAUCUUUCGACAACCUUAUUAUUUAGAUAGCAGGAAGAGAACAAUUUUUAUGGCAAAUUCGAUUUGACUCUUUAAAACUUAGAACAUAUUUAUAAAUAAAACCCUAGAGUUUUUCAAUGUAAUUCAGCUAAUUAUUAAAUAUUAUCUGAACUAGCUGAAAUGAAAUAAACUGGAGUAUUCUUCUCAAAUGAUGCAUCAAUUAUUAGUAGAUUUAAGUUGUUAGGAAAGAAGUUUGAUUAAAUUUAUGCUAAACGAGCUUUUGUUUGGGUAUACAUUGCUGAAGGACUUGAAGAAAGGGAAUUUAAUGAAGGAAGAUAGAAUUUGGAUUAUUUAGAAUAGACAUACAGUGAAAUUAUUAAUGCACCUGAUUCUCAAAAUCAGAGUAAUCUUGAUUAUGAAUUAUGA